AUGGCUAAGGCAUCCAAGGCUACCAAGAAGUUCCAAAAUAAACAUUUGAAGCACACGUUAGAUCAUCGUAAGAAAGUCCAGAAAUAUAACAAGACACAUGGGAAAAAGAAACUGCCAGUAAAUUCUGAUGCUACUGACAAGAGAGAAAGCAAAGCAACAAGAGAAGUCUUUGAAGAUAUGUCAGUAGACGACUUUCUUUCAGGGGAUUUUGAAGUGCCGAAGAAGAAACAUUCUCGUGGUAAGGAACAGGAUAUUGAUGACAAUGAUUCUUCGUCAUCUGAAGAUGAAGAGCAGAUGAAACAAGAUUUAGAGAACUUGGCAGAAAAAGACCCCGAGUUUUAUAAAUACUUACAAAACAAUGAUAAAGACUUAUUGGAAUAUGAGGGCGUUAAUCCAUUGGAUGCUAUCAGCGACGAUGAAGAAGAACUUUCUUCAGAGGAAGCUCCUAAUGCGAACAUUGUGAAGGACACCCCACAGGAGACUGAAAAAGUUGAACUAACUUCUAGCUUGGUAAAAAAAUGGGGAAAAGAAUUGGAUGAGCCAUCAAGUAAGUUAAUUAGGAACAUUUCGAUAGCUUUCAAAGCUGCCAUUAAUGUGAAUAGAGCGAAUGAAGAAGACUAUAAGUAUGCAGUGACUGAUCCUACAGCAUUCCACGAAUUAAUGAUGUUGACCUUGAAAAAGCUUCCUACGGCCAUACAAAAGCUUGUUAAAUACAAAGUAAAUCCUCAGACUGGAGCCAGAUCACUCCCUCAAUCGAAAAAUGCUACUCAAAUGUCGAGUAUUCUCAAGUCGCAUGCUGGGUCAUAUAUUACUUUGCUCAAGGACAUAACGAAUACUGAUACGGCUGUUUUAGUAUUGGCAUCCCUUAGAGAGAUUUUACCAUAUUACGUUUCUCAUAGACGGUUAUUAAAAGAUAUAUUCUCAUCAGUAGUUAAUGUUUGGUCUAGUACUGUGGAUAUUGAGACUCAAAUUGCUGCCUUUGCAUUUAUGAACAAUUCAGCCAAAGAAUACAAAAAAUCGGUUUUAGAAAUGAUUUUAAGAUUAAUGUACUCAACGUUUUUGAAGAAUUGUCGUAAGACGAAUAUCUAUACAAUGCCUAUGAUAAACUUUUGUAAGAAUGCUGCUGCUGAUUUGUUUGGAGUUGAUGAAAAUUUGUCUUACCAAAUUGGAUUUGAAUAUAUCAGACAAUUAGCUAUUCAUUUGAGGAACAGCAUCAAUGCAACAUCAAAUGCUAAAGAAGGAUACAAAACAAUUUACAAUUGGCAAUAUUGCCAUUCUUUGGAUUUUUGGUCAAGAGUUAUUUCUCAACUUUGCAACCCAGAGAGAGAAUCGCUAGCUCACAAAUCAAAAGAAUCGCCCUUGAGGCAGUUGAUUUAUCCGUUGGUUCAAGUCACUCUCGGUACCAUUCGGUUGAUUCCAAGUGCUCAGUUUUUUCCAUUGAGAUUUUACUUAAUAAGAUCACUCAUUCGUAUGUCACAAUCAACAGGCGUAUACAUACCUAUUUUUCCCUUAAUUUCAGAGAUAUUGACUUCGACAGCGAUUACGAAGGCACCAAAGUCGUCAAGCUUACAGGCUGUAGACUUUGAACAUGCGAUUAAAGUAAACCAAGCAUACUUAGGAACGAGGGUCUAUCAGACUGGAUUGUGUGAACAAUUCGUAGAGUUGACAGGAGAAUUUUUCGUUUUAUAUUCAAAGAACAUUGCAUUUCCAGAGUUGGUGACACCUGCAGUAUUACUGUUGAGGAGAUUUUUAAAGAAAUCGAAGAACAUGAAGUUUAAUAAGCAAUUACAACAAUUAGUCGAGAAAUUGAAUACUAAUGCAAGGUUUAUAACUGAAAAGAGAGCAAAUGUUGAAUAUGGACCCUCAAACAGAGCUGAGGUUCAACUUUUCUUGAAAGAUUUCGACUGGGAAAAGACUCCCUUGGGUCAAUAUGUAGUUGUACAAAGAAAGUUGAAAGACGAGAAAAUGAGAAUACUCAGAGAAGCAGUAGCGGAAGAAGAAAAAGCCCGUGAACAGAAAGAAAAAGAUGACGAGGAGGAAGAAAUUGAAAUGGCCGAUCUAGAAAAUGAUGAAUCCGAGUUAGAAGAGGAUAAAUAA